AUGUUGAUAGGGGAUCCACAAAUCUGUGAGGUCCUUGUCAUCCUUGUCCUCUCUCUCUCCACCGUGGAAGCAGCUGCUUGGUACCCCAAGACCCUGCCCUGUGAUGUCACACAGAAGGAGAAUGAGAAUGAGAAUGUGGUCAACGUGGACUGCACCGAGCGAGGACUGACAAGUGUGCCAAGUGGUAUCCCAGCCAACGCUACCAACGUGACGCUCACCAUCAACCACAUCCCUGAGAUAAAGCAGAGCAGCUUCCAGGGGCUGGACAGCCUCAUUGAGAUCGACCUACGCUGCAACUGUGUGCCCAUUAAAAUUGGUCCCAAAGACCGCAUGUGCUCCAAGAGCGUGACUAUUGAGGAUGGCAGCUUCAGGCACCUGAGGAACCUCAAGUCUCUGUACCUGGAUGGGAACCAGCUCUCCAGCAUUCCCACAGGCCUUCCACCCAGUCUGACUCUCCUCAGCUUGGAGGUAAACAAUAUCCACACCAUCCUGAAGGAGAACGUCUCCCACCUGGGCAACAUAGAGUCCCUCUAUUUCGGCCAAAACUGCUACUACCGCAAUCCAUGCAAUGUCUCCUAUGAAAUACAGGAGGGUGCAUUCUUUCAGUUGAAAAAGCUCUCUUUGCUAUCUUUAAAGUCCAACAACCUAUCAUAUGUCCCCCUCAAAUUACCACCAGGCCUCAAAGAGUUGAUUCUUUAUAAUAACAACAUUGAAGGAGUAACUAAAGGUGAUUUCCAGAAUCUAACUAAUCUGGAGAUACUGGAUCUGAGUGGGAAUUGCCCACGUUGCUACAAUGCACCAUUUCCCUGUACUCCUUGUGCUAACUAUGCUCCCUUCCAGAUUGACACUAACACCUUUCAGAACCUGAAAAGAUUGAAAAUACUACGCCUUCACAGCAAUUCUCUCAGGAUAGUCAAAUCAGAAUGGUUUCAAGAUUUAGAGGAGCUGCAGGUGCUUGACCUCUCAAGUAAUUUUUUGGCGAGAGACAUAACGGUCACAUCCUUUCCAAAGUAUUUGCCUAAACUGGUUGAGCUGGACCUUUCUUUUAAUUAUGAGCUGCAGCGGUACCCAGAUUCUCUCAGUCUGAGCCCGCACUUCUCCUCUUUAACGUCCCUCCGCGUGAUUCGAAUCAGAGGCUUUGUUUUCCAGCAACUGAAAAGCAGCGACAUCAGCCCAUUAACCCAUCUCAGACAGCUAGAAAUCAUUGAUCUUGGGACUAACUUUAUUAAAAUGGCCAAUCUUAGCAUUCUGACUGAGCUGAAAAGUUUUCACAUAAUAAACCUUUCAGACAACAAAAUAUCCUCUCCCUCUGAUAGCAAACAUCCAGCUGAAUGCGGCAAUAAGCAAGAGCCUUUACUUACUUCACCCAUGGCCAGUGCUGGCCAGUUUUAUACUGGGGAAGAGAUUCACUACUUUAGGUAUGAUGAAUAUGCACGUAGCUGCAAAUACAAGAGGAAGGAGGCUGGCCCUUGGAACCCAGUCAUUAAUAAACAAUGUAGUGAAUUUGGGAAAACACUGGAUCUCAGCAGGAAUAAUAUAUUCUUCCUUGAUCCCAAAUUCUUAAAUCUCGUUGAGCUCAAAUGCCUCAAUCUCUCAGGAAAUGCUAUGAGCCAAAGUUUAAAUGGCACGGAAUUUAUUCAUCUGACCGAGUUACAGUAUCUUGACUUUUCAUUUAAUCGUCUGGAUUUGCUGUAUUCCACUGCAUUCCAGGAGCUGAUCAAUCUAACUGUUCUAGAUAUUAGCAAUAAUAAUCAUUACUUUACAUCUGAAGGUCUGACUCACAUGUUGAACUUUACAAAGAACUUACCAAAACUUGAAGUAUUGCUAAUGAACUAUAAUGAAAUCUCCACCUCGACAAAUGCAGAGAUGGAGAGUCUCUCUCUUCAGACAUUAGAAUUUAAAGGUAACCGUCUUGACAUGCUAUGGAGAGAUGGAGAUUUAAGAUAUGUAAACUACUUUAAAGGAAUAAUCCACCUGAAGGUGCUUGAUAUUUCUGAAAACAACCUUAAUUUCAUUCCUCUGCAGGUGUUCGAUGGCCUUCCUGAAAAUCUGUCAGAGCUCUACUUAAAUAACAACAAGUUGAAAUCCUUCAGUUGGGAGAAGCUGGAGUCUCUCUCAGAGUUACAGGUUUUAGACCUCAGUGGCAACCUAUUAAAGACAGUUCCCCCAGAGCUUUCCAACUGCACAAAAACACUUAGAAAGCUAAUCUUACAGAAAAAUCUGUUAACAAAACUUACCCAGAAUUUUUUGAGGGAUGCUUUUAGUCUGAAAUACCUGGACCUCAGUUUCAAUGAAAUCCAGUACAUCGAGCAGUCCAGCUUCCCAGAAAAUGUUGUCAAUGGCCUAGAUAUCCUGCUUCUACAUGGCAACAAGUUUAUGUGCACCUGCAAUGCCAUGUGGUUUGCCAUCUGGCUCAACCAUACAAUGGUGAAUAUUCCAAGAUUGGCAACUGAUGUCACUUGUGCAGACCCCGGUGCACAGGCAGGCAAAAAAGUCAUCUUCCUGGACCUCCAGACAUGCCAGCACAGUUCACUCUCCAUCAUCCUGUACGUCUUCCUAACCUCACUGACCCUAGGGUUUCUCACUCUCUCGAUCUCCACCCAUCUCUUCCUCUGGGAUGUAUGGUACAUCUACCACUUCUGCUGGGCUAAGAUCAAAGGCUACAGCCGCCUUUCCUCACAGACCACCAUGUACGAUGCUUUUAUAGCUUAUGAUACGAAAGACCCGGCAGUGUCAGAAUGGGUGCUGCAGGAACUGCAGGUCUAUCUGGAGGAGAAAGGAGAUCCUCCGCUGCAGUUAUGCCUGGAGGAGAGAGACUGGAUUCCAGGAUGGCCACUGAUCGACAACCUCUCCCAGAGCAUUCAACAGAGCAAGAAGACCAUAUUCAUUCUCACCAACAAGUACAUCCAGAGUGGGAACUUCAAGACAGCAUUUUACCUGGCCCACCAGCGCCUCAUGGAUGAGAAGGCAGAUGUCAUUCUUCUGAUCUUCCUGGAGAAGCUUCCUCGAAGCUCUAAGUACCUCCGGCUGCGGAAGAGGCUGUACAGGAGGUCUGUAUUAGAAUGGCCAACAAAUCCCCAAGCACAACCAUAUUUCUGGUUCAGUCUCAGGAAUGCAAUGGCCAUGGACAGCCAUAGGCAAUACAGUAAACUCUUCCAAGAGACUCUUUAG